CCUCGCUUGCCGCAUCUCACGCAAACCCCGUCCAUCUCCUCCUAGCUGCUGUGACUUCUGUGAAUCCGUCCUACUCGUUCCAUUUGCCGCAUCUCACGGUAUCUCCUCCGGUCCUCUCUUCUCAUUUUCGCGCGCUCGUUUUCGCGUCGCACGAGAAUAGCUUUCCUGUUUCUCCUCGAGAUUGCCGCAUCUCACGCGAAUUCCUUUCGCACCCUUGGCCCACAUUCGCAACUCUCGAGAACACCCCCCACGUUUUCAAUGGCUCGGAUGAAGCCGUCCGAGCUGCUGCAGCGAUCCAAGGGUCGAAAACCGCCGUCGCGGUCCUCGCGAAUGUCCAUUCCGUGCCUCGCGUGGACCAUCUGCAUCGUGUCGCUACUCGCCUUCGUCCUCUUCCUCAUCCGAUCGCGGUUCAUCGCCGAGCGAGCAGGCACAGCAAAGCACCGGCCCGCAACAAACGCCCCUUUCAUCUUCAACAUCAAGACAGUGGGCGGCACGAUUCUGCUCAAAGUCAAGUUCACGGACUGCUUCAUUGAAAUCGCCAGGCUCGUUCAGCAAUGUAAGCAGAAUCAUUUCAAGGAUGCAGCACUACAAGCAGAGUCGGAGACCCUUCUAAGAUUGACACACAGGGACGGCACGGAGUGGGUGGCUCUCAGUGUGGCCCCCUCCGGCAAGUCAAGUAUGUGGGAGGGCAACUGCACCGACUCCAUUCCCACCACGCAAAUAAGUGGCCACGCGCUCAUAGGGGCGCUAACAUCAGGGGUCAUCCCUCCCCCAGACAACCCCUCCAUCCCGCUCUCCCUGCCCUCGCUGCCCUACCUCCGUGUGGAGUACGUCAAGGUGUCCCAAGACUCCCUAGGGCUGGCCAUGGCUGAAGGGGUAGCCACCAUAUGAUGACCCUGUGAUAUAAAUUCACCGCUAGCCCUCGCUGCCCUACCUCCGCGUGGAGUACGUCAAAGUGUCCCAAGACUCCCUAGGUCUUGCCAUGGCUGAAGGCGUAGCAACCAUCUAAACGGUAUAUUCCAUACAUGUGAGGCGAAGUACCGGUAGCUGCCUUACCUCCGUGUGGAGAAAGGCAAAGUGUCUCAGUCAGUACUAGGCCUUGCCAUGGCUGAAGGCGUAGCAGCCAUCUAGUACUGGCAGGCCUUUACAUGUGGGUGCAUGUGAUGUGAGGCGAAGCCGCUGCCCUAUCUCCAUGUGUACUCUUUGACCUCAGCUCAGAGCGGGCCUGAGGUCAGGGCUCUGGGGGGCUUUUACGGCUGAAGGCAGUGCGAAGUUGCGAGCACGACAUUUGACAGUACAUAGGCAGUGCGGAAAUGAGUUGCCUCUGCUGGAUUCGUGUGGAGGACAUCACUCGGGCAUUUGCAACACAUCGACACGUCAAGUUGGCACAUUCUUUUUUUGUAUACUGAUGAUGAGUAACAAACAAACAAUUCCUGAAGCA